AUGAGCCCCAACGGCGCUAAGCGCCACAAGGUGGAGGUGAUGGACACGGCGGACAGCGGGCGGGAGGUGGAGGCCUGCGGCGGGUGCGGCGGGGAGCAGGGGCCGGCCGGGGAGGCGUUCGAGCUGCUGAGGCUGCCGCUGGAGGUGCUGAUGGUGGUGAUGGGCAAGCUGGAGGCCUUCAGUUUGGUGCAGCUGGAGCUGACCGCGCGCGCGUUCCACGUGCGCCACCCCGUGGUGGGCCUGCGGCUGACGGAGCUGGCGGCGCGGGACGCGCUGUUCAGUUACCCGUCGUGGAAGGAGCGGCUUUACUUGGAGGAGUCGGCCGUGGGGUUCCAGUACGACUUGGGCUGCGCGGAAGGCUUCACUUUCAACCGGGACCCCAGCGGCAGCGCCGUGAAGGAGGUGAAGCUGAUGGGGCUGGGGCCCAAGAUGCUGGUGUCCGACCUGUCCACGUCGGAGAAGCGCGUCCUGCGUUGGAAGCUGCGGGUGCAGGGCAACACGGCCGUCGAGUUCGGCGCCGUCCCCAGCUUCCUGCAGAAGCGGAGGAAGGCAUUGCACAAGUGCCUGGCGGAGACCAGCAAUGCCCUCUCGGUUGGGUUUUGCUCGCAAAUAACAGUCGGGAGCCAGCUUCCCUUUCGGGUGCCUGUGGUCAAAGGCACCACUAUCGACGUGCUGGUGCGCCCUGGGAAGGCACAAUUCAUUGUUAAAAACCCUACAGAUGGAUGGGACACACGCUGGGAGAACAACCACAGGGUCCACACAGAAUACAGGGGCCCAGGCGUCAUCAGCUUCAGCCAGGACUUCUCGGACGAGCUGGACGUCAAGCUGGCGCUCACCGCCUGGGCCAAGGCCUCCUUCGACGUCCUGCACGUCUGCAGGGGCACGGUGUCGCACAGCGAGGCGCCCAAGCGCCAGGAGGUCGAGAUGCAGGACACGGACAUGGUCACGGCCUGA